ACCUUUGAACAUGGUAGGAAGAAUUAAGUUUAUUGUGAUUUUGUAAACAAAUAAUAUAUCAAAUUAUCUAACUAUUUAUUUUUGACUUAAUAAAUUGCUCUUCCAGCAAAGGGUUAAUUUCCCCGUUAAAUUCACCAUAGUUGGAUAUAAUUAAAUAACUGUAUCAAAUUAUAGAUGUCAAAAUAAUUAUAGAUCCUCUGAAUGGUCACCAGUGCUGAGUUUUGAAUUAAAUGUAAACUUCAGUGUUUAUUUUUAAAUUUCAAUUUAUUUGAAUUAAAAUUAAUACCAACAAUUAAGAGGUUUUUCAAAAAUGCCUUACUAUGACAGUAAUUCUUCUUACUACAGGGAAAGUACAGCUGGUCCUUUACAUUAUACCUAUACACUUGAUAGAAAAUGUGAUUUCAUGAUUGAUAGAAACAUGAACAAACAAGAUGACUAUUGCAAUGUUUUGCCUGAAAGGUUUAACAGAAGACCUCCACAAAUCUCAAAAUUGCGUACUAUUCUGUCAGAGACCAUAACAAAUGUAACAAAAAACAACCAACUCCAGAAGGGAGAAAGCGUAGAACUAACACUAGAAAUAGAGUUGAUGAGGACAAAAGACAACACCCCAACAAAUUCGCUAGUAGAAGUAACUAUCAUACAACACAAUAAGAGCAAAGAGCAGGCUGCACAGGACUGUGAUUCUAGGAAAUGCCCACCAGACAUCCCUUUUCAAGCACAGCUGAAAAAUUCCAGAAGCGAAUCUCCUUCUGAGAAAAGAAGGAAUUGGUUCCAAAGGGUCAUCACUAAACCAAAUUGUGAAAACAUAAAAAAAUUUGACAGUGUAGAACAUAAAAUUCAGGAAAAUCCAAUAAACCAUCUUAAAAAAAACUAUAAGCAAAAUGAGGAUACAAAUAAUAGCAUAAAUAUCAGAAGCAAUUUUGUGACAAUUUUACCAGAGGCAAGUCCCUUAAGUAUCCACUAUACAAAAGGUUACCAGAGAGUAUCCCCAUCACAUUUUACAAAGGACAAAGCAAGAAAUGUAAUGACUCCAAGAAAAGACUCACUUGCCAAGAAACUAAGCAAUAUUUUUUUACCAACUAGAAAUGCAGAUAAAAACCAUGUUGUUCAAACAGCACUGACAGCAUUAAAGAAAGAAGUAGAUAACAUGAAAUUGGUGAUAGAUAAAGACAAAAAUAACCAAACUGGAAUGCAGUCUAAGAAAGCUCCAGUUCAUAAUUUAGGGAAACUUGUAAGUAACAUACUGGUGGAUGCAAUGGAAAAUUUUGGUGAAACUAACAAAAGUGAAGGCGAAGUCGACACUUUGCCUGUACAAUAUCAAAGUUAUUUUGAACCCGUCAUCAAACCAAAUGAUAAACAAUUGGUGAAAACUUUCAAUGAAAGUAAACCAAAACUUAAGGUAAAAAUGAUUGCUGAGUCACAUUCUGAUACUUGUUGCUUUAAACCUAUUUACACCACUUCACCAUCCUUGCAAACAUCAAUUUCUAUGAGUGACUGCCGGUCACUGCAGGAAGCAAAAUCACCACCAGAAACAUUAGAUAUUAUUGGUGAUUCAACAAACAUACCGUCUGGGGAUAGACAUAACAAAUCCAUCAGAGAAAAUAAAUAUUCAAGAGAUCAACAGAAGGAUGCAAAGGGUGAUGCAAGUAACAUCGGGAAGAAAGAUAUACCAUACAAGAAAAAGAAAAAAUCACCACGUACAAAAAAGAGUGUGGUUAAUUGGGGAGGGCAUAUAAUUCAAGUAAAUAAGAAAAAGAAAAGCAGAAUUGAACAUUUGAUAGUGAAAGAGUUACAGAACUUGGCAUUAAAAGAGGGAAUGGAAUGUGAUGUUAUGCCUCUACCACCAAUUAACAAUGAUAUCGAACAGAUAAGUGCUGUUGGAAAAAUUUCCUCAUUUAUUUGUGAACUUGACGUUAGUGAUCAAGCAUUUGAGAAAGAAAUUAAGAAACUAAAACCAACAGAUAAAACACUGCACCGGCCAUUUCAACAGAGUUUAGAGAGGAUUCAACGUUUCUAUACUAACAAUAAAGGCCAUAUUACAAAACAACCAGUAGCAAAAUUGAAAAGAACUAAGAAAGAAAAGAGACUGACUUCAGCAAUUACAGAUUGUUACGAGUCAUGUAAUUACUCAUUUGAAGUAAACGCAGAAAACUUUAGUCAGAAAAAAACUAGUGACACUCUCACUAAACAACUUAGAACUAACAUAGCUAAGGGGAAAUCUGAAGCUACAUAUUUAAAUGCUACAGAAGACAAUGAAGUAAAAGUAACGUAUUUGAAUAAAAAUGUAAAAAAUUGGAGUGCAGAAUCAAACAAUAUACGAUUUGAAAAACCGACAAUGGAAUGUUCCCGAAAUAGUAAAACAACUAGUACAAAAACACAAACUAAUAAAAAUAAUAAUAUAAACUCUGUUGUAUCUACAGGAUUUGUUAAGGUGAUAAAGUCUGAUGAUUCUACUUGGCACAGAUAUUUGCGAGAACAAGAUGAGUCAGGGAGUAGACUCUCGACACAAGUAAUGACUGUAACUAGUACUGAAACUGCUAUCAAAUUUCAUUCAGGAGCUUCAAAUGAUUUUGAAACAAACAUUGAACUAGAAGUAGAUAUUAAAGAUUUAGAAUUAAUACUCAAAGAGGCCAAAAAGAAACAAACAACAGACAGAUAUGUGAUAAAUGCCAAAUGGAACGAAGGCAAUAAAAAAAGGAAGAAAAACAUUAGAAUUACAGGAAAAAACAGUCCAGCCUAUACAAAUCGAUUGUUAUCAAAUGCUGCCAGAAAGCUUGAAAAUUAUGUAAAAAUAAAACAAAGACAAAGGUGAAUCUUUAAAUCAAACACAAAUAUAUUUGAAAGAAAGCAAAAUAUAGCUAUAAU